AUGACCCCUCUGUGGCCACACAUGAUGCCCCUUUGCCUCCUGCUGGCUGAAUUUCCUUACGACUGCAAAUCAAAGUUGAAGAUGAGUGAUGGCAGGUUGGCUGAAGGGCACUGGAGGCCGAGGGAGGUGAGUGAACCAAUGGCCAACCAAACGAAGAGAAGGGAGCCUGUGCUGGUGGAGAAGAGUGAGGCUGUUGAUGAGCAAGGGCAGGCAGGCUUGGAAUCUUGGACAGUGCAGGGAGAAUCCGAGGCAGGAAAAAAAACAGCCAGAAACUGCCCGAGUUGGAAUCAGCAGAGUCCUUCUCCUCCGGCCUCGUCCUUCUCUGACAAGGUCGUGAUUAUCGGGGAUCUGAUCCUGACAACUCUUCCCACUGUUGGCUUCACGUCACUGUUUGGACACUGUCUCUCAGCCACUCCUGAUAAGUCUCCCUUGGCCUCCCCUUCAGCCUCAAGCACCUCUGUUUCAGUACAAGGUGGACCUGUCUUUGACAUCUUCAGUGGACAGGGAAAAGACCCGGUUGCUAAAUGGAAACUUAGCGGGGGGCCGUCGGCUAUAUAUAAAGAGUAUAAUAAAGAAGUUAAAGGAUUUGUUUACUGUCUGGAGGGAAGCAGCCAGACAGUCAAGAUGCAAAUGCCAGAGAAUGGAAAAAUGUCUCUUGGCCUUAUCCAGAGAUAUUUGGUCCUUCAAGUGAACGUUCCGCAGUCCUACGAUUUUUCCACUGAGCUUUUGAUAACUGAUUCAGAACAUCUGAAAAGAAGACUUCACUUAUCAACAGUACACAAAGAGUUGUCCACAACACUCCUGCAUGCAAAAAUACCGUUUGUAGGCUUGAAACGCAAUGCCUGGUCUACUUUAUGCAUCGAUCUUGUGUCUCUGGCCUGUGGACUUUUCAAAGGUUUUUUGACCUUGGAAGGUAUCACAUUGUUUGCUACAUGUAAAGUCCGGAGGAUCUUUACCAUGAAAGGAGAGCCUGUAGAAACAUCAAAUGAGGUCUCCCACAGCCAGAUCAACCAGUUAUCGGAGGACCAGGCCCCAAGGCAUUUUACACACAGCCUCAGGCUCCAGAGUUUCAGAACUGUCUCCCCAAACUGCAAGCAGAAGAAGUGCAACUUCAUGCAGAACGGAGAGAAGUGCACCAUUUACACGCCAUACUGUAAUCUAAUGAAUCCCAAUAAGACUAAGUGCACUCCUGCCAAGCAAAGCCCAGGAGUCGCCCCUACACCAGCAAAGUCUCAUCUCUGCUUGAUAAGACCAGAUUUGUCUUCUGACCUACGGGUCCGGAACAGCUGGGAGGGUAAUAAGAGGUUUGAACCCCAGCUCACACUGCAGGAGGAGGCGUUCACUUUCUCCUCCAAGCCUCACUCCCCCAAACGAGGACGAGGCCAGGAUGACCAGGAGAUGAUGGAGACACGACAUGAUCUGCAACAGAGCAGAAAUGGAAGACGACACCAUCCCCAGCCUAAAGAUGAUUUUAUUGGCAGCGAGAGUGAUGAGGAUAAGAGCUAUCCUGUGUUCCACCAUAAAAAAUGUGGUCUAUCCUGCCCUGCUACUCCCACAACUACAGAAACAACUCAGCAUGAGCAGCUUGAAAGUCAUUCUGAGUCUUCUAUCAUGAACCAAACAUCCUCUAAACAGCUUCGUCUACCUAGCACUUCGAUGCAGUUUCCCUCCAUAAGAAGAGCUGGACCAGCUGGUUUGGUCCCAACGCGGUGCCUCUCACCUAAUGGACAGAGCCACAAGUCAGAGAAAGGGAUUCAGCCUUUGGGUGGGAACAGCAGUGUGUCUGUUUCCAGAAAACUCCUGCAAGAAAUCAGAUUGGAUGACUCCAAACACCACAAAGAACAAGAAUAUGAAGCACUCAAGACUGUUGAUUCCAGUCACUAUCUCUUACGACCGCAUCGCAGUCUACGGAUGGACACGUGUGAUGAUGAGGAGCUACAAAUGCUAGCAAGCCUGAGAAAAGAGCAGGAGGAAGAUGAAUGUAGUUCGCUGGCCCUCAGCACCUCUCAAAUCCAUCAGUGUGCUGUCAGCAUCAGCAUGAGCAGUGACGACACCUCAACCUGGACCCACAUGUCGACGCCAAUGAAUCAGGGACAUCACUAUCAAAAGGAAAUGAACCCCUUACUGCUGCAGUCAAAUCCAAGAGAGUGGAUGGACGUGCUCAGCCCUCCUAUUAUGCCUCCCAGCCAGCAGAGAAGGUCAGGCAACACACAGAACAAUCUGGAAAGUCGAGGCAGAGGUACG